UGAAAGUGAUCCGCGCGGGCACGCGCGCAGCUGUCAUGCGGGGAAGAUGUGCGACACCGUGAUCGUGGAGGGAGCCGGUAAAAUCAGAGACGGUAAAAAAUGGAGGAGCCGCUGGCUGGUUCUGCGCAAACCCUCGCCGGUGGCAGAUUGUUUGGUGCUGUACGUGUAUAAGGAGCGUGGUGUGAAGGAGCGGUGCAGUGUGACGCUGGAGCACAUCUGUGGUCUGGAGGAUCAUGUCUGCGGUGAUGGCGUUUCUUUCACCCUCUCAAUCCUCUGUAUUACACGAACUGCAGUGCUCGGUUUCGACAGUGGGGAGGCACUACACAGCUGGGACCUCCGAAUUCGCUACUGCCUCGGGGAAGUCCACAGUUUCAACAUUUCUGUACUGCCUGGCACUAAACUGGAAAGCGGCGCUGCCACUCUCCAUUUAUGCAACGAUCUGCUGGUGAUCGCUAAAGAUCAGCCGCCAGUGAUCACCGGCCACUGGAAUCUACUGGAGCUGCGGCGAUACGGCCCAGUGAGCAGCGGGUUCGUGUUCGAGGGAGGAACCCGCUGUGGUUCCUGGGCUGGCGUGUUCCUCCUGGCUUGUUCCGAGGGUGAGCAGAUCAGUUUUCUGUUUGACUGCAUUGUUCGUGGAAUUUCCCCAUCCAGAGGCCCGUUUGGACUGAAGCCACUGCUUCCAGAUUGCGAUAUCAGUCCUGUUUCAGUUCAGGACAGACUGAACCAUGAAGCAGAGGAGCUGGAGAAGAGGCUCAGUCUACUGUCUCACUCCACAGCUUCCAGUGUUGGGUCUUCGAUGACGGGAGACGCCUGCAGCAUAUCCGGGUCAUCAGACACCAGCCAAUCAGAUUGUAGCGGUAGCAGUCGCCCAGCACUGUGGACUGAAUCUAUCUUGCCUAACUCAUCUGAAACAUCUCACCCACUGGCACCAAAAACAGCAUCUCAGGGGGAUGACAAACCAUCUGAGAGGUUCAACCAUGAUCUCAGGGUUCCUGUGGAUCCUGUCCACUCACGGAAGCUGAAGGACACCGGAAGACAAAACUCAUCCGACAGCGGCAUUGCCACGGGAAGCCAUUCUUCCUACACUGGAAGUUUCUCCUCUUACAUUGGCAGUCUGGAUGCGGCUGGUCCAGGGGAUGAGUACGGCAUGCUGCUCAAUCUUCCACCACCUGCUUACCUGGAGAAACACUUGUGCUCCUGCCCACCGUGUCCUGCCCAGGAGUACCAGGUGCCCUCGUCUCUGCGUUACCUGUACGACACUCCCCGCAGACUACUGGAGAACACCAGGACAUCUGAGUCCUCCGGAGACAGGAGUAGAUCUACAGAGGGUACUGCACUUACUGACAGUGGACAGACUGAGCUGCCGAUCAGCUGUCAAUCAAAAGACUGUUCCGAAUGUCCCAGGCAAUCAGAUUCAGGCCCAGCCCUGAUACGUUAUCCCAGGACUGAAGAGACACUGGAGAUCGAUAGAGGGGAGGGGCUGAGGAAAGAGGAGGGGCCUAAAGGAUCAUCUUGUAGUAAGCACUGUGGUGACUGUACAAAUCGUUCACAUCCUGCUGCCGGUCUUAAAUCACUCUUCACUACAUGCCCUUCCUGUGGAGGACUUAAGGGGACACGUCUGCCUGGAAUGACUUCACCGCCUCUUGUGCCAGGUAAACAAACAGCACCACCCACUACUGCUCAACCCACCAAUCAGGAGUCAGAAGAUAUCAGAAAACCUUGUGCGUCAUGGACUAUCCACAACUCAUGGAAGCCCUCAUCUGAGCGCCCACAGAGCAAUGAGGAGAGAAGAUCUGAUGGAAAUGUCUCUUGUCCGUCCGAUCUUCUGGCACACUACAGUCCCGCUGACCGGCGCUCAGUGAACGGUAGCGUUUAUGAGCCCAUGUCAUCGUCUUUGGUCCCUGUAGUCUUUGAGUCCAAACGUCCUGCUCACAGCGCACACACUCUCCUCUAUGAGAAUUGCCUCCACUGCAGAAGAGGAGAGAACAAAUGCCAUCUUCCCAAACCAACCCCUCCAACUAGGCGUCAAGAGUGUGACCAGAGUCAAUUUCUGUGGAGAAGCCACUCAAACAUCUCAGAAUCCAUCUGUUUCUCAACUGGACAUCUCAGUGUAUCACUGCAACAAACAUGUGAAGAAGAUAAGAGGGCAGAGAAAGGAAGAUCUGAUUCAACAUAUGAAAUCAUGGAGAGUCGAGUGUCGGAGUCAGAGAAGAGCAGGUAUGAGCUCAUGAGAGGUUGUGGUGGAUCACAUCUCGACUCUCAACAUCUCACAGAAGGUGGACUGUUUGCAUUUCCUGUGGAUGGUUUGGCGAGGGGAGAUCUAGUAACAUAUGUGAAUAUUCCCAUCAGCCCCAUGUCCAAAAAACAGCUGAAUUACAUGGAAGUAGAGCUUCAGGAGUCCAGCGCCUCCAUCAGAGGAAGAAGCUCCAGUAAAUACGCUCAGAUUGAUAUAACAGCAACUGAGGCAGCGCACAGAGCCGGUACCCAGCAUGCACUGGGGCGAGAGGAGGGGCUGCAGAGACUGGAGCAGAGGAGAAGAGGGGGGGCGCCUCAGUGA